AUGGCUUGUGGAUUGCAGAUAAAAGAUGAAGACAGUGGCUAUAACAAAAACCUGUUCUGCAUUCCUAAGCAUUAUGAAGAAGAUAUAGAAAGAGUCUUCAUUCCUCACGGACUAAUCCUGGACAGGACAGAACGUUUGGCUAGAGAUAUCAUGCAAGAUAUGGGAAGCCACCACAUUGUUGCACUCUGUGUCCUUAAAGGAGGCUAUAAGUUCUUUGCUGACUUGCUGGAUCACAUAAAAGCACUAAAUCAAAAUGGUGAUAAGUCUGUGCCUAUUACUGUGGAUUUUGUUAGAAUAAAAAGUUACUGUAACGAUUCACCCACAGAGAAAAUCAGUAUUGUUGGAGAAGAACUGUCUGCAUUAAAUGGGAAGAACGUGCUAGUAGUAGAGGAUAUUAUUGAGACUGGUAGAACAAUGAAGGCUCUGCUUUCAAAACUGAAGGACAAUGAACCAAAGAUGAUAAAAGUAGUAAGCUUGCUCAUUAAAAUGACAAACCGAAGUCCAGGUUACAGACCAGACUAUAUAGGUUUUGAAAUUCCAGAUAAGUUUGUGGUUGGAUAUGCCCUUGACUAUAAUGAGUACUUCAGAGAUCUGAAUCACAUUUGCAUUCUCAAAGAGAAAGCCAAAGAGAAAUACAAAAUCUGACAUCAUCAGUCUUCUGGACUAACAGCUCACUGGCCUGUACUGUGUGUGUGAAGAAGUGA